GCCAGAGAGAGGAGACCAGUGAGAGGCUCUCUUUCUUUCUUUAUUAUCUUCUACUCAUAUCAUCUUCAUUUUAUUUCAUUCACCUCCACAUUUCCAUUUUCUCUCUCUCACUUUCACUUUCGCUCUCUAGCUAUCUGCCGCCGGCCAUGGCGGCGCAAUCGGUGUCUUCUAUUUCUCAGUUGCUUCACUCUAGUGGAUGCUACGCCACUCAGCCUAAUUAUCCUUCGCUCAAAAAUGGAAUGUUUCUCGUCGAUUUCGUCGGCUUGUACUGCAAAUCGAACCGGACUCGGAGGAAAUUGGGAGCUUCGGUGAAUCGUCCGAGUAGUGUUCCUCAUCCUCAAUCUGUAGCUAGCAGGAGGAGAACAUCAUCGGUCAAAGCGGUUCUUGAUCUUGAACGUAGCGAGGUCGCCUUAGAUCAGUCGCGUGGUGGUUCGGAUUUGGAACCGAAGGUUGCAGACUUGAAAGAUAUAUUAUCAGAAAGAGGAGCUUGCGGUGUUGGGUUCAUUGCCAAUUUGGAUAAUAUAGGUUCUCACCAAAUUGUUGAGGAUGCUCUUACAGCUCUUGGCUGCAUGGAGCAUCGUGGAGGCUGUGGAGCAGAUAAUGACUCUGGUGAUGGUUCAGGUGUGAUGACUUCGAUUCCAUGGGAUCUAUUCAACAAUUGGGCUAACAGUCAAGGGAUUCCUUUGUUCGAUAAGUUGCACACUGGGGUUGGAAUGGUUUUCUUCCCAAAAGAUGAUGACAUUGUAAAAGAAGUAAAAAAAGUUAUUGUCAAUAUUUUAAGACAAGAGGGUCUUGAAGUGCUAGGAUGGAGGCCUGUUCCUGUGAAUAUGUCUGUUGUUGGUUACUAUGCUAAAGAAACCAUGCCCAACAUACAGCAGGUAUUUGUAAAAGUUGUUAAAGAGGAGAAUGUUGAUGACAUUGAACGAGAGUUGUACAUAUGCAGGAAAUUGAUUGAAAAAGCAGCACAAUCAGAAAGUUGGGGAAAUGAACUUUAUUUCUGUUCUUUGUCCAAUCAAACAAUAGUUUACAAGGGAAUGCUUCGCUCAGAAGUUCUUGGGUUAUUUUAUACUGACCUUCAAAGUGAUCUUUAUAAAUCACCUUUUGCAAUUUAUCAUCGGAGGUACAGCACAAAUACUAGUCCGAGAUGGCCUCUUGCUCAACCAAUGAGGUUACUUGGUCAUAAUGGAGAGAUUAAUACCAUACAGGGGAACUUGAACUGGAUGCAAUCCAGAGAAUCCUCAUUGAAGUCUCCCGUAUGGCGAGGUCGAGAAAAUGAAAUUCGUCCAUUUGGCAACCCCAAGGCAUCAGACUCCGCAAAUCUUGACAGUACAGCGGAAUUGCUGAUAAAAAGUGGUCGUACUCCUGAGGAGGCUUUGAUGAUUCUUGUACCAGAGGCAUAUAAAAAUCACCCAACAUUGACAAUCAAGUACCCUGAGGCGGUUGACUUUUACGAUUAUUACAAGGGUCAGAUGGAAGCUUGGGAUGGACCUGCUUUACUAUUAUUCAGUGAUGGAAAAACAGUUGGUGCCUGCCUUGAUCGAAAUGGAUUGCGUCCAGCUAGGUAUUGGCGGACAUCAGACAAUGUUGUUUAUGUUGCAUCUGAGGUUGGUGUUGUGCCUAUGGAUGAGUCCAAAGUAACAAUGAAAGGUCGUCUGGGUCCAGGAAUGAUGAUAACUGUGGAUUUGUUAAACGGACAGGUGUAUGAAAAUACAGAAGUUAAAAAGCGAGUUGCCUUGUCAAAUCCAUAUGGAAAGUGGGUUAAGGAAAACCUUCGAUCCUUGAAGCCUGCAAACUUUCUCUCAGCUGCGGAAAUGGACAAUGACGCCAUAUUGAGACGCCAACAGGCAUUUGGUUACUCUAGCGAGGAUGUCCAAAUGGUUAUUGAGUCUAUGGCUUCACAAGGGAAGGAGCCAACAUUUUGUAUGGGAGAUGAUAUUCCAUUGGCAGUGAUAUCCCAGAAACCCCACAUGCUUUUUGAUUAUUUCAAGCAGCGUUUUGCACAGGUUACAAAUCCAGCUAUUGAUCCUCUCAGAGAAGGGCUAGUUAUGUCACUCGAAGUCAAUGUUGGGAAGAGAGGGAAUAUAUUGGAGGUUGGACCUGAAAAUGCUUCACAGGUUAUCCUGUCUAGCCCUGUACUAAAUGAAGGAGAGCUUGAGUUACUGCUGAAGGACUCUCUCUUAAAACCCCAAGUCUUACCAAUAUUUUAUGAUAUUCGUAAAGGGAUAGAAGGUUCGUUAGAAAGAACAUUGGAUAAGCUUUGUGAAGCUGCUGAUGAAGCAGUGCGAAAUGGCUCCCAAUUGCUUGUUCUCUCUGACCGAUCUGAUGAGCUGGAACCAACUCGCCCUGCAAUUCCAAUUCUUCUGGCUGUUGGAGCUGUUCACCAGCAUCUUAUUCAAAAUGGUUUGCGAAUAUCAGCUUCUAUUGUGGCAGACACUGCUCAGUGCUUCAGCACUCAUCACUUUGCCUGCUUGAUUGGAUAUGGUGCAAGUGCCAUAUGCCCAUAUUUGGCAUUAGAGACAAGCCGGCAGUGGCGUCUGAGUACUAAAACAGUAAAUUUAAUGCGCAAUGGAAAGAUGCCUACUGUUACCAUUGAACAGGCUCAAAAGAACUACUGCAAGGCUGUCAAAGCUGGUCUUCUGAAAAUUCUUUCCAAAAUGGGCAUCUCAUUGCUUUCAAGUUAUUGUGGUGCACAGAUCUUUGAGAUUUAUGGAUUGGGGAAAGAGGUGGUCGAUUUUUCAUUUCGUGGCAGUAUGUCAAGUAUUGGUGGACUGACAUUUGAUGAGCUGGCAAGAGAGACUUUGUCCUUCUGGGUAAAGGCUUUCUCGGAGGAUACAGCUAAAAGACUAGAGAAUUUUGGAUUUAUACAGUUCAGACCAGGAGGGGAGUAUCAUGGAAACAAUCCUGAGAUGUCAAAGUUGCUCCACAAAGCUGUUCGGCAAAAGAGUGAAAGUGCAUUUUCAGUCUAUCAACAACACUUGGCUAAUCGACCUGUGAAUGUUCUCCGAGAUCUUAUUGAGUUCAAAAGUGAUCGUGAUCCAAUUCCAGUGGGAAAGGUUGAGCCUGCUACAUCCAUUGUUCAGCGGUUUUGCACAGGUGGGAUGUCACUUGGAGCUAUUUCGAGAGAAACUCAUGAGGCAAUUGCCAUUGCAAUGAACAGAAUAGGAGGAAAAUCUAAUUCAGGAGAAGGUGGCGAGGAUCCUAUUCGCUGGAAGCCACUUACUGAUGUUGUUGAUGGGUACUCUCCCACACUUCCACAUCUCAAAGGUCUUCAAAACGGAGACACAGCUACAAGUGCUAUCAAGCAGGUUGCUUCUGGACGUUUUGGCGUCACACCAACAUUCCUGGCUAAUGCUGAUCAGUUAGAAAUCAAAAUUGCUCAAGGUGCAAAGCCUGGUGAAGGUGGCCAGUUGCCUGGUAAAAAAGUUAGUGCAUAUAUUGCAAGGUUAAGGAACUCUAAGCCAGGAGUCCCACUUAUAUCUCCACCUCCACAUCAUGACAUUUAUUCCAUUGAGGAUCUUGCACAGUUGAUCUUUGACCUGCACCAGGUGAACCCGAAAGCUAAGGUGUCCGUAAAACUUGUGGCAGAAGCUGGAAUUGGCACGGUUGCUUCUGGGGUUGCUAAGGGUAAUGCUGAUAUCAUACAGAUAUCAGGACAUGAUGGUGGAACAGGGGCAAGCCCUAUAAGUUCCAUUAAGCAUGCUGGUGGCCCCUGGGAGCUUGGAGUUACAGAGACACACCAGACACUUAUUGAAAAUGGCCUUAGAGAAAGAGUUAUCCUCAGAGUUGAUGGUGGCUUAAAAAGUGGGGUCGAUGUUAUGAUGGCUGCAGCUAUGGGUGCUGAUGAAUAUGGCUUUGGUUCUGUGGCAAUGAUAGCUACCGGAUGUGUUAUGGCCCGUAUUUGCCACACGAAUAAUUGUCCAGUUGGUGUUGCCAGCCAGAGAGAAGAACUGCGUGCUCGCUUUCCUGGAGUGCCAGGCGAUCUUGUUAACUUCUUCUUAUAUGUUGCUGAGGAGGUAAGAGGCAUCUUGGCACAAUUAGGAUAUGAAAAAUUGGAUGAUAUAAUUGGAAGGUCAGAUUUAUUAAGGCCACGUGAUAUAUCUCUGGUGAAAACCCAGCAUCUUGAUCUCGGUUAUAUUCUCUCGAAUGUGGGGUUGCCAAAAUUGAGCAGUACCGAAAUUAGAAAGCAGGACGUUCAUUCUAAUGGUCCUGUUCUAGAUGAUGUUUUAUUAGCAGAUCAACAGAUAGUAGAUGCGAUUGAGAAUGAAAAGGUGGUCCAAAAGUCCAUAAAUAUAUACAAUGUUGAUCGUGCUGUUUGUGGACGGGUAGCGGGGGUGAUUGCGAAGAAAUAUGGUGAUACUGGCUUUGCUGGGCAGCUAAACAUUACAUUUUUAGGGAGUGCAGGGCAGUCAUUUGGAUGCUUCUUGACGCCUGGAAUGAACAUUCGCCUCAUUGGAGAGGCCAAUGAUUACGUAGGAAAGGGUAUGGCGGGAGGUGAGCUGGUCGUAACGCCAGUGGAGAAUACUGGUUUUAUCCCUGAGGAAGCAACUAUUGUAGGGAAUACCUGCUUGUAUGGUGCUACUGGUGGUCAAGUUUUUGUAAGAGGGAAAGCUGGAGAGAGAUUUGCUGUCAGAAACUCACUUGCAGAAGCUGUGGUUGAAGGAACUGGAGACCACUGUUGUGAGUACAUGACUGGAGGUUGUGUAGUUAUACUUGGGAAAGUGGGAAGAAAUGUAGCUGCUGGAAUGACUGGUGGUUUGGCAUACAUUCUUGAUGAGGAUGAUACUCUUAUCCCCAAGAUAAAUAGGGAGAUUGUGAAGAUCCAAAGAGUGACUGCCCCUGUCGGGCAAAUGCAGUUGAAGAACCUUAUCGAAGCCCAUGUUGAAAAAACUGGUAGUAGCAAAGGCUCUACGAUUUUGAAGGAAUGGGAGACAUACCUACCACUCUUUUGGCAGCUUGUUCCACCCAGUGAAGAAGACACCCCAGAAGCUAGCUUGGACUAUGAGAAAACAGCAGCUGGGUCGGUGACUUUGCAAUCCGCGUAGAGUAGCCAUCGAACCAUAUAGUUUAAGGCUGGCAGCAUUUCGAUACAAAAGCUCUCCAACCCCACUCUGUACAUGUGAGAUAAAAGGAGAUCGAUGAGAUUGACUUUUGCAUGGAACAUCUGCAUUAGCUGGUAUCAAUGAGAGCAUAAUCACAAUCACUACCACAGUUAAUAUGAGAAAACCAGAAGUUAUAUAACUAGAGAAGACUUACGAUAGAUUGGUGUUAAAUAACCUUGAUCUCGACCUUUAGGUCCUGCAUUUAAAGCUGUUGCAUAGUGCUCUGUGGCAUAAAAUGUAAAUACGAGCUUGUUCAUAAUCUUCUGGUCUUGUUAAAACCGGUUGCUCUCGAUGAUUUCAAAGCUAGUUCAGAUUAUUCAACUCUUGCCAAAAGCUUCAGUCCAAUGUUAAUAAGCUAUUUUCGGCCAUCGCUUUCAGCUAUUUUAAUAAAACUCAGGAUGAGCUUCUUGUUGGAAUGGACAAAACUUAUUCUUACAUCAGAAAAAAAUGUUUUUUUUCCCUU